GAGCUCCUCGUUCGUGACUCUGUCCAAGAUCUCUUGGAAUCGCUUCUCCUCCCGAGCGCUGCGCCAGCGCCACGAUGCUUUCCUUCUUUCCUAGAAAACUUUAAUUAUUUUCUGGUCAGAUGUGGAGCUCCUCUUGUGGCUCCGCGCGGCUUUUUCAUCACUACUUCGAUGGACAAGUGACAGAGUCAGCUCCCUCCUACGGUCGAGACAAAAGACUGUUUUUUUCCUGUGGUUGUUGAGGAUGUUCUGUCAGUCUGGCAGGUUCAGCACAUGCUGCACCUCGUUCUUUUAUGUAGUCUUUGCAGAAUUGUGACCUUGCAGUAGAGAGGCCUCUGGGACAGAAAACUUCAAACUACAGAAACAGUUGGGCAUUUUUAUCUGAUUUUUUCUGCCCUGGAUCCGUUCAGUUGUAGAACUUCUAACAUUUAAGUGACAUCUCAGUGGAGGUAGCACACGGACACAGGAAGAAUCCAGAUACAACUGAAGACCAUGGCAACACACUGGAGAAGAAUCCUGACAGUAUUUGUGACAGCUCAAGUACUAUUUGUGGUGAAUGCCUUUGAGGAAGAGGAUGUACCAGAGGAAUGGAUUCUUCUUCAUGUUGUCCAAGGUCAGAUUGGAGCAGGAAACUACAGCUAUUUGAGACUAAAUCACGAGGGAAAGAUCGUUCUUCAGAUGCGGAGUUUAAAAGGUGAUGCAGACUUGUACGUGUCUGAUGUGACACUGCACCCCAGCUUUGACGAGUACGAGUUACAGUCUGUGACUUGUGGCCAGGACAUCGUCCACGUGCCUGCACACUUCCGCCGCCCUGUAGGAAUAGGGAUUUACGGCCACCCCUCUCACCUGGAGAGCGAGUUUGAAAUGAAGGUGUACUAUGAUCGAACAGUUGUACAGUACCCGUUUGGUGAGGCUUCUUACAACCCUGAGGAGAUGGAGGCAAACCAGAAAUACUCACAGUCUACAGAAGAUGAAUCUCAGGAUGAGGAGUCUGUUUUCUGGACUAUACUUAUUGGAAUCUUGAAAUUAAUACUUGAAAUCCUUUUUUAAAUUGAUACACACUGGACUUAAGUCACACUUCAUCCUGUUAAAUUGGUAUGAAUGACAUGCUGUAAUACCUAAUACUCACUAUGUUUCCGGAAGAGAUAUUCAGGUUACAUUUCCAAAACCAGAAAGGAAGCGGGGAGAAAAAGCCAUAUUUAUUUAUAUUGUAAAUCCUCCCCAGUAUGUAAAAUGAGCAGCCAGGACAGUAUUUGCAGUGCUCUUCAGAGAUCAGGGCUUAAAAAUGAAUGUAUAGUUGAGGUCUUGUUAAAUUCACUUAAAAUAGGUGCUUAGGAAAAUCAAUUCCAAUUCAGUAUUUUCUAUUGUUUUUUAUAAAGAAAAAUGAAUAAACUACUGCACUUCAGCCCCCCUCUCAAUUUAGAGCAUAUUUAAAAAUAAAACCUGCUUCUUUUCUGAGCCAGCAUCUCCAGUAAAACUGAUCAGCAGCGUGUUUGAGUGUAUUCAUGAAGCUGAGGAGCUUAGGGUGAAGGAAGGAGAAAACAAUCACCAAAGGGAAUAGAUGGUCUGUAUUUUGACUGCAUGUGCUCUACAUCACAUCAGCCAUCUGUCAAACAGAGGUUGGUCCAGUCACUCAUCACCAUUACAAAUCCAUGACCUGAAUCAAGUGCAUGUUGCUUCUUUGCUGUUACUGCAGGGAGAGGGAGCCUUCAGCAGUUGUUACUUGACGUUUUCGUCUCAUUAAAAACAACACAGCCUAUAGGUAUCUCAAACUUGAGAGGUGCUUUCUUACACUUCCCUUGAUAGCUUUUUGUGAUUGAUUCUUUUUCCAAGCACAUAUUUAUGAAUAAGUCAUUAGCUUGCACAGAAGAUUUCUGCUGAAAGGGAUUUGCAGUAUAUUGUGAGAAGGUCAUCUCAUGCCUACUCUUCCUUAGAAGUUACUUUUACCAGGAAUACUUUUUGCUUUGGUUGAGUAUUUCAGAAUAACCAGUUGCUAUGCAAAUAAAGUACAUUAAAUUGCUCUGUAAUUUUCUUUUCACAGGGCUUACUGAUAAGUGCACUGAAAUAAACAACUACAUUGCUAUAAUUUUAUACAAA